UUGCCUUGAGUGAUUCAGUUUUCAUUGUUUUUUUUUCUUUAAAAUCUUUGUGUUUCUCAAAAAUUUGUUGAAACAAAACUAUUUUUUAUCAAAGUUAGAAUUAGUUUAUAUAAUACAGUGAUUGCAAUAAUUAUUUUGACAAAAUGAACAUUUCUCGAUCUGAUUAGAAUAAUCUGUAACGGUUAAAGAUAAAAGAGGGGCAUCACUUUUCAAAUAACAAACCGCAAGUGCAAGCAAGACAAAGCAACAAUUUUUACAGUUGUUUUCAUUAAUUUUAUGCAUCCAUCAGCAUCGGCGUCAAGACAAGAACAUUCUUUUUUUUUUUGUUGUUGUUUCGUUUGUGUUGCACUUUUAUUCAGUUGAUUGUUAUUUUUAAAUCAAAAACAAAACAAAAAAUGUCUCGUGGUGGCUUUGGACGCGGCAAGCGUCUCUUCGAAACAACACCAAACGACGAACAAACAACACCAAUCUCAUCAUCACAAGAAUCAUCAAAUUCCAGCGGCGGCGGUGGUGAUAAAUCUAUUCGAGAUAGUGGAAUAGCAUCACGCAGUCCAACAUCAAGUUCUGAUAAUCAACAACGUUUAGGAAGAGGUAAAUUAUUACAACAACUUUCUUUAUCGUCAACUGUUACCCAUGAACCAACUGGUCGAGGAAGUGGUCGCGCUUCUGUCAUUGCAACUCUAUUAAAUUCAUCCAAUUCAACUUCGGAUAGUAUAGUUUUUCCUGGCGCUGCCAGAGGUCGUUCACGUGGUCAAUUAUUUGCUGGUUCCUCACAAACUUCUGAUUUACAAACAAAAACUUCCGGCUUAUCAGGAAGUGGCACUUCAUCGUCACCAGAAAUUGAAAAAUUAACACAAAAUGUAAGUAAUUUACAAGUAUCUUCUGUUCAAUCUUCUUCAGCUAGAGAAAUCAAUUCACCCAAUUUGCCUUUGCCUGAAACUGAACAAUUGGCUGUUUUAAAACAUGGCAACAAAGGCAAACCUGUCCCCGUUGUUUGCAAUUACAUUCGAUUAAAACAAUUAGACCCGAAUAAGGGAGUCUACGAGUACGAGGUUCGUUUCUUUCCUGACAUCGAUUCGAGGUCGAUUCGAAUUAAACUUUUAAAUGAACAAUCGGCAAAUUUUGGCGGUACUAAAACUUUUGAUGGUGUUGUCUUAUUUUUACCAAUUCUUUUACCCGACAAAUUAACAACUUAUAUUGGAAAAAAUCCAGGUGACAACUCUGAUAUAGAAAUCAGAAUUAUGUAUAAACGUAAAAAGUCAUUAAAAGACUGUAUAAAUAUGUACAAUAUUCUCUUUGAUCGAAUUAUGCAUACUUUGAAUUAUAUUCGAUUUGAUCGUAAACAAUUUGAUCCAUCGGCUCCGAAAAUCAUUCCACAACAUAAAUUAGAAGUUUGGCCAGGUUAUAUCACAGCUGUUGAUGAAUAUGAAGAUGGUUUGAUGUUGUGUUGUGAUGUUUCACAUCGUCUAUUGUCUCAAAAGACUGUCUUGGACACUCUUAAGCAAGCCUAUCAGGCGGGGGCUAAUAAAUAUCAAGAGAAUGCUAAAAAAGCACUUCUUGGUUCGGUUGUUUUGACGAGAUAUAACAAUAAAACCUAUCGAAUUGAUGAUAUCUCGUUUACUUUGAAUCCAAUGUCGACUUUUAGUACAAAAACCUCUGAGAUAUCGUACCUUGAAUACUAUCGGGUACAUCAUAAUAUCGAUAUUCGAGAUAAGGGACAGCCUUUAUUGAUUAGUAUCAAGAAACAGCGUGUUGUUAAUCAAGCUGAGCCACAGGAACUCGUUUUCUGUCUCAUCCCAGAACUCUGUUAUAUGACUGGUCUGCGAGAUGAUAUGCGCUCUGACUUUAAGAUUAUGCGAGAUAUUGCGACAAUUACACGAGUAACACCGAAUCAGCGUUCCCUUGCCCUUGAAAAAUUCUGUCGUAAUGUAAAUGAGAACCCGGCUGCGAGACAAAUCCUUGAAAAUUGGGGUUUACAAUUGGCAAAUGCUCCCCAGGAAGUUACCGCUCGUCAAUUUGAAGAAGAGCAGGUAUUCUUUGCUCGGAAUAAAUUCUCAGCUGGAACGCAAGCUGAUUUUGGUAAAUAUGCUACAAAUAAUGAACUUAUUGAUGUAAUUCAUCUACGAAAUUGGUUGGUAAUUCAUUGUCAGAGUGACAAUCGAGUGGCAAAGUCUUUUAUGGAUUUGAUGGAGAGAAAUGCUCGUCCAAUGGGAAUUAAUGUCCAGAGACCGAAUGUGAUUGCUCUUCAGAAUGACCGUAUAGAGUCUUAUGUGGGUUGUUUGAGAGAGAAUAUCCGGCAGGGAGUUCAAAUUGUCGUUUGUAUAUGUCCGACAAGUCGAGAUGAUCGUUAUGCGGCUAUCAAAAAAAUCUGUUGUGCUGAGAUGCCAAUUCCAUCGCAGGUAAUUAAUGGAAGGACAUUGGCAAAUGAUGCCAAGAAUCGAUCGAUUGUUCAAAAGAUUGCCUUACAGAUGAAUUGUAAAUUAGGAGGAACUCUAUGGAGUGUUAAUAUUCCACUUAAAAAUGUAAUGAUUUGUGGUAUUGAUUCCUAUCACGAUGCCAGUCAGAAGGGUAACUCUGUGGCGGCAUUUGUUGCCUCGAUUAAUUCGAAAUUCACUCGCUGGUACAGCAAAGCUGUAGUGCAAACGAAGCGAGAGGAGAUUGUUAAUGGGCUGUGUGUGUCUUUAAUUGCGGCUUUGAAAACUUAUGAGAAGGAGAAUAAUAUGCUACCGGAGAAGAUCAUCAUCUAUCGAGAUGGUGUUGGCUAUGGACAGUUGGAUUUGGUGGCCAAUUAUGAGAUUCCACAGUUUGAAGCAGCUUGUGCAAAAGGAUUCCAAAAUUACACAGCCAAAAUUACUUUUGUUGUGGUACAGAAGAGAAUAAAUACAAGAAUGUUUGCUACGAAUCGUGGAGAGUUAUCGAAUCCAAUGCCUGGAACAGUGUUGGAUCACACAGUUACACAGCGAUAUCUGUAUGACUUCUUUUUGAUAUCACAAAUGGUUCGACAGGGGACAGUGAGUCCAACACAUUAUAUCGUUGUGAGAGAUGAUUCUGAUUUUGCCCCAGAUAUUUUGCAAAGAUUGAGUUAUAAGCUGUGUUUCCUUUACUACAAUUGGCCGGGUACGGUUCGUGUGCCGGCCUGUUGUCAAUAUGCUCACAAAAUGGCCUAUUUGAUUGGACAGAGUGUUAAGAGAUCGAGUGGCGAAGAGUUGGCUACUAAAUUAUUCUAUCUUUAGACAAAUAAUAUUCUUAUUUUCAUAAUAAUAAUAGAUUUAUCUUUGUUUUUUUUUUCUUAUUUUUUAUUUGGUAUGACUUUGUGCCCCAAUUGCAAUAAUGUAUAUUUUGAAUUCACACUACUUUUUGGGGAGCACGCUUUUUUUUCUUUUUUUUUUUUUAAGUUUUGUUUGUUCUUAAUUUUUAGUUAAAAAUAAUAAUUAAAAAAAAAAAAAACAAUUUUUAAAGUUUAUGUUUUUUGAGCCUUUUCAUAACAUUGUUGAAAAUUGAGCAAUAGGGAAAUAAUACAUUUUGAAGACAGUUUAUAUCUCAAAGAUCUUAGGAAUGUAAACUUGACCAUAAACU